AUGUGGAGCAAGUAUUAUAUUGUCACAUUCAGGAAAUUCUGUCGACGGAACGGCAUCUGGAGACCCAAGCCAAGCGAAAUGCAAGUGAACUUUAACAUCUGCACCGAGGGUGUGUUUGAGGAAAAGGCCGGGGUUACCUUGGUCGCAUUGAACAAGAAAGCCUCGGGUGUCAAUACCGCUGUUGACUCUGGCAUCAUACCAAUACCCAAACGUCUGGAAAGCAUGCUUGCGGAGCAAGCCUAUCAAGGUCUUUUACAUCCAAGGAGCAACUACCGCAUACGAUUGUCAAGCCGGAGCAAUGGAACCUUGGGCAUUACCGUCGCCACGGACAUCCUGAUCCCACAUAAGAGCUGGAACACCAUGGCGUCAUACUCCGCGCCCAAAGCGUGCGGCAAGCAAUGCGAACGAUUCGCAAUCCGCACCACCAGCAAGUAG